CCCCCGGUUGCCUUGGGAACCGCACACCCCGCCGCCAGAGGUCCAGAAACCAGGCCAUGGAGCUGCCAGAACCGGUCCGCCUGCGGCUGGGGAACUUCAGUCGGACCAUGUUCAGGGACUCAAACCGGACCGAGCCCGAGUACAGCGAAGGUCCGGAUAAUGAAGUGGUUUCCAGUUUAGCAUUGCAGAUGUCACUUUAUUUUAAUGCUUACUUUUUCCCACUUUGGUGGGUGAGCAGCAUUAUGAUGCUUCAAAUGAAAUAUCCAAUUCUGCCUGAUUACUACAAAUUCAUUGUGGUCACUAUUAUCAUCCUCAUAACCUUAAUUGAAGCUAUCAGGCUGUACCUGGGCUACAUGGGUAACCUACAGGAAAAGGUUCCUGAGUUAGCUGGCUUCUGGCUUUUGAGCCUUCUAUUGCAGUUGCCUUUAAUUCUUUUCUUGCUCUUUAAUGAAGGCCUAACAAAUCUGCCCUUGGAAAAAGCGAUACACAUUGUCUUCACUACGUUCCUUACUUUCCAAGUUGUUUCAGCAUUUCUUACCUUGAGGAAAAUGGUAAAUCAGUUGGCCACUCGUUUCCACCUCCAAGACUUUGACCGGCUCUCUGCGAAUAGAGGAGGCAUGAGAACAAUGAGAUCCUGUAUAGAAGAGAUUUGACCCAGUGCUGUUUAGUGAAAACUGAAAGCUCAUUCUAGAAGACUGUGAGUUAGGAACACGUCAGAGAUGUAGCAUGAGAAAAAGGACAAAGCAAGUGUUUGGACUUGUAUACUCUCAAGCUCGGAAAGUCCAAGUGAUAACCGGGAACGUGAGCCGAG